UAGGGCUGGGAGCAAGAUGGCAGCGGCGGCGGCUCCGGCUGCAAAGGGAAAGGGAGCGGCGCAGGUAAGGCUUUCCAUCCAGGUUUCACGCUGGUUUUCAAUUAAGUUUCAUGUGUAGCAUUUGCAGCUGGUCUACACGUCAUGGUUCGGAAAGGUGUUUGCUGCUGCUGUACUGCUUUGCGCCCUCGCUACAAACGCCUGGUGGAUAACAUCUUCCCUGAAGACCCAAAAGAUGGACUUGUCAAAGCUGAUAUGGAGAAGCUGACUUUUUACGCUGUUUCUGCACCUGAGAAGCUCGAUCGAAUUGGUGCUUACUUAGCAGAGCGACUGAGCCGGGAUGUUGUCAGACACCGUUACGGGUACGUUUUAAUCGCCAUGGAAGCCCUGGACCAGCUUCUGAUGGCCUGCCGCUCUCAGAGCAUCAAACCAUUUGUCGAGAGCUUCCUUCAUAUGGUAGCUAAGCUGCUGGAGUCUGGAGAGCCAAAGCUGCAAGUUCUGGGGACCAAUUCGUUUGUUAAAUUUGCAAACAUUGAGGAAGAUACUCCUUCAUACCAUAGGCGCUAUGACUUCUUUGUUUCCCAGUUCAGUGCCAUGUGUCAUUCUUACCACGAGGAUCCAGAAGUACAAAAUGAGAUCCGAAUUGCUGGAAUCAGGGGCAUCCAGGGUGUGGUUCGCAAGACUGUUACUGACGAGCUUCAGGCAACCAUAUGGGAGCCUCAGAACAUGGACAAGAUAGUGCCCUCCCUGCUGUUUAAUAUGCACAAGAUUGAAGAUGUCGACAGUCGGAUCUGCCCCUCUUCGUCAGCCUCGGGAGGGGAGAAAGAGGAAAACCCCUCUGCGCUGUCUGAGAAUUGUUUCAGAGAACUGCUCGGCCGAGCAACAUACGGCAACAUGAACCAUGCUGUCAGGCCAGUUUUUUCACAUUUAGACCACCACAGACUGUGGGAUCCCAACGAAUUUGCUGUCGCCAUUUUCAAAAUCAUCAUGUACUCAAUACAGGCGCAGUACUCUCAUCACGUGAUACAAGAAAUUCUGGCACACCUGGAUUCUCGCAGGAGAGAUUUCCCCCGAGUCCGAGCGGGUAUCAUCCAGGCCCUUUUGCAAGCUGUGGCCAUUGCUGCAAAAGGUUCCAUAGGCCCAACUGUCUUAGAAGUGUUUAACACCUUACUGAAGCAUCUGCGUUUCAGCGUCGAUUUCGAAUUAAGUGACAGGCGUAGCUCAGUGAGCAGUGCCAGCUUCAAUGCAAGUGCCAAGGAAAAUGACGAGAGAAUUGUCCAGAAUGCUAUCAUUCAAACAAUUGGUUUCUUUGGAAGCAACCUGCCAGACUACCACCGGUCUGAGAUUAUGUUGUUCAUUAUGGGAAAAGUUCCUGUUCUGGGAGCAACUUCGCACACACUGGACACAAGCCAGUUUGGGGAUUUGGGAACCAGGCGAAUUCAAAUUAUGCUGCUGAGAUCGUUAUUGAUGGUCACAACAGGAUACAGUGCCAAGACCAUUUCUGCUGCCCUGCCUGCUCCCUUUCUGGAUCCUUUGCUCUCUCCUUCACUCAUGGAUGACUCUGAACUCAGACAGCUGGUCCUGGAAAUACUGCACAACGUUAUUGAUCGGCACGACAACCGAGUGAAGCUCAGAGGGAUAAGAAUAAUACCUGAUGUUUCAGAUCUAAAGAUAAAACGGGACAAAAUUUCAAGGCAAGAUGCGAAUUUCAUCAAAAAGCACGGGCAGCAACUGUAUAGGCAUGUCUACUUAGGAUGUAAGGAAGAGGACAAUGUCCAGAAGAACUUUGAGCUUCUCUACACAACGCUGGCUCUCAUGACAAUUGAACUAGCCAAUGAAGAAGUGGUUAUUGACCUCAUCAGAGUGGCUAUUGCGUUGCAGGACAUUGCAAUCCUUAACGAAGACAACUUGCCCAUGUUCCAUCGCUGUAGCGUGAUGGCAGUGGUAGCCGCAUACCUCAACUUCCUGAGCCAGAUGAUCGCUGUUCCUGCUUUUUGCCAACAUGUUACUAAGGUCAUUGAAACCAGACAUGUAGAAGCACCCUAUUUUUUACCUGAAACAAUUUUCCGAGAGAAGUGCAACCUGCCCAAGUCCCUGGAGAAGGACGAAACAAGCUUGUUCUUCCUGACCAACCAAAUGGCAGAAUCGCUGGGUGGCAGCGGCUACUGCGUGGAGAGACUGUCUGUGCCAUAUGUACCACUUGUGACAGAUGAGGACAGGAUGUCCAGGAGGAAGAGUAUCGUGGACACAUUGUCAAUUCAGGUAGACAUUCUGCCUGGCUGCAGCAGCCUGGAUGAAAAGGCAAAUAGCACUGAAGAAAUCACCUUUGAGACGCUGAAGCAGGCAAUAGACAACAAUGGGCUUGAGGAGCAAGAGAAAGAAAGGAGGCGCCUUGUGAUCGAAAGAUUCCAGAAGGCUCCUUUUGAAGAAAUUGCUGCACAGUGUGAGACCAAGGCAAACUUGCUCCACGACAGGCUGACACAGAUAUUGGAACGCACCAUUCGGCCUCCUCCGAGCCCUUCUGGAACGGUGGCGAUUAACACUGGACACAACCAUUACCGGUCCAUCCCAGUCUACGAGAUGAAGUUUCCUGAUCUUUGUGUGUAUUGAGUGUCCUCUGAAUUCGUCAAAAAGACAGGUGAAUUCUCCAACACUUCUGCUGCGUCCCAGUAAUAGUGCAUUAGCGAUAGAUCUAUACCGGACUUUCCACACAAUUAGUUACUUUAUUAGUAGUUCUGUCAUGUUUUCCCCAGUGUUAACUGCACUAUUGCCAGCUGGAGGGGCACUCCUGCGCUAUUGUGCAACAUGAACAGGACAAGAGAAAGGAAGAGAACAUUUGUGGCAUGAAAUGUUUCAGGAUUUCAGCAGGGAAGCCGUGGGACAUGCACCGAUUGGAAACAAAGAAGUAUUUCCACCCAGAACCUUUGCAGGCACAAGCAGUAUUGAAAGCAGGAUUGCUCGUGAGCACAAAUCUUUAUAAUGAAAUAAGGAGGGGUCCUUAUUCAUCUCAACUGAAUUCAAGACAUUUUUUUAAAAAAAACUAUUACAAAUUGGAAGGAAAACCUUUCUUUCAUCCCACCCCCUCUGAUUUGUUUAUUAUAUCUUAGCAUUUUGUAAUUUUUAGACUACAGUUUCAAGUGUAGUAUUGGAUGGGCUCCUUUCUCUUUUUUUUAACCAUGAGUUUUUGUAACCUGUUUUGACAUACGUGUUUUUGGCAAGACUGAUAUAUUUACAGCGCUGGGUAGCUCUUUAAUGGCAUAGAAUUUACAGUUCCCAGGAAGGAACUAUGAGAGUUAUAAACAGGCUUGAAAGACGUUUGAAUUUUUGCAAGUUGUUGAAAUGAGGAAGAUAAUCCAUGCAUGGAGAGGAAGUUGUGUACACACAGUGGUCAUGUUAGAUCAGUGGUCAUGUUAGAUCAGGGGUCCCCAAACUAUGGCCCGGGGGCCGGAUGCGGCCCAAUUGGGCUGCCAAUCCGGCCCGCGACGACGCACGACGACGCCACCUGCUCUUACGGCGCGCAGCGCGGCAGCGCUCUUCCGGGUCGGGAAAAAAGCACCGAAAAUCCUUUGACCCGGAAGAGGUCAUUUCUGGUGCACUUCCGGGUCGGGGGAGGCCCAUACGCAUGCGCACAACGGAUCUUUGGCGCUUUUUCCACCCUGGAAGUGUGCCACCGCGCCAGUAAGCGCCCGUGCACAUGCGCACGGGCGCGCACUCCCCCGCCCGCCGGCCCGCCGUGCGAUCGGCGCGGUGGGAACCGGCCCAAACGCCAGUAAGUCUGGGGACCCCUGUGUUAGAUCCUAGAGACAAUAUUGCAGCUGCAUCACACCUCCCAAGUCAUUUUACUUCUGCACUGCAUGGAGCUAAGCUAUGGUUUGGCUUAAUUCACAUGGUCAAAACCCAGGCUGCAGACAAACCACAAGCAGUAAUGAAGGUUUGUCCUAGGGCAGGGAUGUCCAAAGUCCGUUUCUGGGGCCAAUUCUGGGCCACCGGUCAGUUUAAUCCGACCCCUAUGGCAGUUAAUUUCCUGGUGUAAAAUCCUAAAGAAACCUCAACAACCUCAAUCCAAUAAAAAGCUAAACUGCUUGAAUUCUUUAAAAAGCUCAAUAACUUUGGGGUAAAAUCGUAAAAAAGCUGCACAACUUCAAUCCUUAAAAAAAAAAGGUCAACAACUUUGGUCGGCCCUCACGCAUGUUCACUUCAUCAAAUCUGGCCCUCUUUGAAAAAAGUUUGGGCUUACAACCUGCAGUUUGCCUGGAGAAAGCUAAGCCUGGGUUCAGACAAAAUGCGUAGCCAAACCAUGCCUUAGCUCAGGCAUCCCCAACCUGCGGCCCUCCAGAUGUUUUGGCCUACAACUCCCAUGAUCCCUAGCUAACAGGAGCAGUGGUCAGGGAUGAUGAGAAUUGUAUUCCAACACAUCUGGAGGGCCGAAGUUUGGGGAUGCCUGCCUUAGCUCUUCAUGAUGCAGCAGCAAAACAGCCAGUCAGUGUGAAGCAAUUGCAGUAUCCUUUCUGGGAGCCUAGCCACUAAAAUCCCAGCCCAGGAACUAAAGCUGCAUACGAGUAGCAUUUGUUGCUACCAAUUAUCUGUUUGUGGAGUCUGGUAUUCACCCCACCCCGAGUGAUUGGCAGCAACUUGACUUGCACAUUUCUUCUUAGAUUGGACUUUCAGCCUGGGAAAACUCACGCAUGGUUCCCUGUGUCACAUGUGUGCUUCGUCCUGUUGGAUCGGCACCCUGGUGCAGGCCAUAAUAGUGUGUGUUCCUUUCAGUGGCAGUGCUCCAUAUCGGACGCAGGUGGCACCAUGGUCUAAACCACUGAGCCUCUUGGGCUUGCUGAUCAGAAGGUUGGCAGUUCGAAUCCCCGCAACGGGGUGAGCUCCCGUUGCUGUGACCCAGCUCCUGCCAACCUAGCAGUUCGAAAGCACGCCAGUGCAAGUAGAUAAAUAGGUACCACUGCGACGGGAAGGUAAAUUGCAUUUCUGUGCGCUCUGGUUUCCGGCACGGUGUUCCAUUGCGCCAGAAGCGGUAUAGUCACGCUGGCCGCAUGACCCGGAAAGCUCUAUAUAAUGUUUUGGAGCCUUAAACACUUGUUGUGAUAGGAAUGUGCUGUGCAUCCUGCCAAAGGCUAUAAUGUGGAGACCCGUGCAUGCAUGAGGCUCCUAGUGCUGACUGUCCCAUAUGGGGCACCCCCUUCCACCCACUGCUGGCAGUUGGAGGAUUUGCCCCAUGUUUGUGGGGCUGCAUCACCGACCCACGGUCAGGGCGUCUUGCUUCAAAGGCAAGAAGCUUUGUGUUGGGGUCUCUGGAAUUGCACUAUCCCCCCCUCCCCUUCUAAAGGAAUAUAAUUUUUUUACAAAUUGUGGUUUUGAAAUGCAGAGUAUUUUGUUAAUGAGAACUUCGGAGCAAUUAAAGGGAAAGCAAGUUAUAUAUUUGAUAUGGCAAGGGAUAUGGUAAAGGAAUUUUGAAGAAGAUAAGUAUUUCAUAAUGUGCCGAACUGUGAAAUGGGCGUGAAGUAUUUCUCUCUCUCCCUCUUCCUCUCUUUCUCUCUCUCCUCUCUCUCUCUCUCUCUCUCUCCCCCUCUCCCUGUGUAUGUGUGUUUAGCAAAUCUUUGUAGUUGACGAAACUUGUAUAAGUUUAGAAUGUUGUUGUCCAGCGAUAGCACACAGUGGUACCUCUCGUUGCGGACACGAUCCGUUCUGGGGUGCCGUUUGCACCCUGAAAAGUCCAAAAUUCUGCGCAUAUGCGAAGCUCACAGAACGCUUCUGCACCUGCGCGGCGAAACCUGGAAGUAAACACUUCCAGGUUUGUCGCGUUCGCAAGCCGAAAGGACGCAACAUGAACCUAACGCAACAUGAGGUAUGACUGUGCUUUACUUCUAUGUGCUUUACUUUUGUAUGUGCUUUACUGGAUAUAAUGGUUGCAUUAAAUUUUGUAGGCCCAUGUGUUUGGUACCAACACAUUGCCUGUGCAAGGUUAGAGUGUAAUAUUCUGUUGAAGCUGAACUGCAACAUGUUGUGUAAAGAAUGUGAUAAUAAUCAGCAGGGCUGUUGCCCUUCCCUGUUGUUCUGUAGAUAACAUGGAGUAUUGAGUGUUGUGCCAAAGAUUUAUCCUGCUUCCCCCCCCCCCACCUCCCCAACUAUUCUCCAUCAAUUUAUGAGGGGGGGAAAACAGCAUUCAGAAAACAGAAGGGGGGGAAUUUGUGCGAAAUUCUCGUGAGCCAGGAACACUUGUUGCACUUACCGUAGCUUUCCCCCCACAAAACCUAAAUUCGGAGUGAAACAGCAAUCCCCCCCCAGAACCACACCUUGAGCCCUACAGAUGUGAUUUCCCUUUUGCUUCAGUGGUGUGUGUGAACGAAGCACCACCAAAGUGUCUAAAAAACUCCCCUUUGCUUGCACACUUCCAGUAUUGCAUUGUAUGUAAUAAAUAUAUAUUUUAAAGACUUGUAGCAGCCAAUAGUUUUGGAGGGGGGGUUGUGCACCGGGACCUAGCAUUCAUAGUAUGUUAAAGCUGACUUUAUUAUUCUUCUCGGUAUCUGUAAGGGGGAGGGCUUAUAGAGAACCCCCCCCUUCAUCCGAAGCAGCCCGUCUCCCAGCAGUCAUGAGAGCGAAGGGUCUGAUGGAGGGAGUCAGGGAACGGAGAGGGAGAGCCAGGGCUCUGGCAGCAUCCAAGAGCCCCUGCUCCAUAGGCAGGAAGAAAGGGAGGCGGAUAGAGAGGACAGGAAUCGGUCAGACAGAAGACCCGUCCCCCUGACGCUGGAAUUGAGGAGGAGGAAAGGGCGCUUCUCAGUUCCGAGGCUUUUAUGUUGGUCCAGAACGCGGAGGGGGGCAGUGCAGGAAUCUGACUCGAGCGGGUAGACAUGGAAUCAGUAGUUCGUUACACUGUAAAUAAUGUGCACCAAUAAAAAUGUCUGAAAGACAAGCAUGUGGAAGGUUGUUACUCAAGAGUAGUCACUACAUCCCUGACAGUAUCCAUUUGAAGUAUGUCACUUUAUCCAACCAACACAAACCCCUGUGUGGGAAAUGUCGCCUGGUACAGAUCUCUACAGACCAGUUGGGAUUCAAGUGUGAACACUCAAACUCCUUUCCUGGGAUCCACACAGCCCAGAACUUUGUUUUCAUUUCUUUCUCUAGCUUCCUAACUCUCUGGGGGGAAAAACACUGCUAAACCUAAAAAGCGCAGAUUCACACGCUUCAGAUUUGCAAAUUGUCCAGAGUGAAAAUAUGGCUAGUUUAUUCCUUUCACCGCUCAUGUUUCCCUGACUUUUACCUAAUGAAAAGCUUUUGUGAAAUGUAGGACACACUUUCUGUAAUCUUCUAUACAGCAUUUAAGCAAAUAAAGGGAAAAGUGAAAAUAAGCCACAUUGUUUGCGCAUGUCUUCCUGAAAUCACAUGGUAUAUUAUGCUUGCCUUAGGCUUUUAAUGGCCUCAUGAUGUGCUGAGCCAAGGAUAGGGAAA